AUGAUAGAAGAUAAAGAAAAUAUUGAAAGAAAAGAGGGUACAGAGGUGAAAACCACUAUUGAUAUAAAUAUUCAAAGUAUAAAAGAUGAUGAAAAUGGUAUAAACGCAGCCAUUGUAACAGAGAGUAUAACACAAGAAAUUAGUACUGUUUCGCUUCAACAAAAUAAUUCCGAUAAUAAUAAUAAAUUAUUGAGUAGUAGCGAAAAUUCAAUUAGUCAAUUAGAACAAUUAUUAUCAAAAGAUGAAUUGAUAAUAAAUAAUGAAGAUAAAACAAAUCCAUUAAUAAUAACUACACAAUUAGAUAAUAAAAAUGAAGUAGAGGAACUAGUAGUAGAAGGAGAGGAAGAAGAUAAUAUAAAACAAUUAACAAAGAAAGAAAUUCUUGGUGUUUUAUUAGUUGAUAGUUUUUCAAAUUUUUAUAUUCAAGAUAGUAUAUUAUUCCCACAAAACCAGACGGUAGGUGUUGAUGGUGAAAUAGAGAAAACUACAACAACAACAGGAAUGCCAACAUUAAGUAAUGAUAUAAAUUUAACAUCACCAACUUCAAUCAUUGGAAAUGGUUAUAAAGAUAAUGAAGUUACAAGUUUCUUAGUGAAUGCUUUUCAUUAUCUUUCAAUACCAAUGACAGUUUUAAAUUAUCUAUUAUUAACGAAUAAACAAUCGAUUAGUUCAGCAACUAUAUCAACAUCAACAUCAAAACAAAUUUCAAAAGUUUCUUCAUUCAGUUCAAUUACAUCCUUAUUACAUACACCAACAUUAACAAGUUCAACAUCAAAUAGUAAUCUAUUAAAUAUUGUGGAUUCUUCAAAUUUUGAAAUUACACCAACACCUUUAUCACCAUUAAUAUCACCACAGCAAACUACAAUUACAUCGAGCACCACCACCACCACCACUGCAAUGUUAAAACCACAAAAAAAUAAAGAAAAUAUAUUACCAAAUAAAGUUGAUAAAAAUAUAAUAAUGGAAUUGGAAAUGUUAUAUGAUAAUCAUUAUAAUAUGGAAAUAUUUGAAUAUUCUAAAAAAAUUUCUCAAGCUCAAAAUGAUAUAGAUACAAAGAGUAAACUUUAUUUUCAAUAUCUUUCAGAUUUAACAAGGCGUUCACUGGCAAUUUGCCCACCAAAAUAUUCAGAUUUAAUUACAUCUUCAUCACAAAACUCAUCAACUUCAAAUCAAUUUUAUAUAACUAUUCGUGAAUCUGUUGAAUAUUUUUUAAUUCAAAAUUUAUUUCAUCAUUUAUUCCAAAUUGACUAUGAUUUGGAUUAUCAAUUUUCAAAAAGAGUUGAAUCAUUAAAAUUUAUAGAAUUAUCACAUUUAGGUGUAAAUAAUAAUAAUAGUAAUAAUGGUAAUAAUAGUGGUGGUAGUAGUAAUCAAUUCAAUAAAGAAUUAUGUCCAACAUUAUUAAAAAUAAAUGUUUAUCAAACACCAAUUGAUAAACAAAGAUGUUUAGCGAGAACAUUAGUAAAACUUUUAAAAAUUAAUGGAGGUGAAGAAUUAUUAUUACCAAAUUUAGUUUAUUUAAUACUUUUAUCAAACCCACCAAAUAUUUAUUCAAAUUAUAAAUUUUUGGAGAAAUUUAUUGAUCAUGAAACUCAAAAUCCAAUUUAUGAAUAUUCUUUCUUACUAUUUUCAAUGGCAAUUCAAUUUAUUGAAAAGUUAGAUCAUAAUCAUCUUUCAAUUGAUCCAUUAUAUUUUCAAUCAAAAUUAUUUGAAUAUAAUCAAAAAAACAAUAAUAAUAAUAAUAAUUUAGCUGCUACAACAACAAAUACAACUACAACAACUACAACUACAACAAUAGUUAAUAAUAUUAAUAAUUUAGAAAUUUCAAAUAAUAAUUUAUCAGUUCAAUUUUCAAAUUUAUUAAUUAAUGAACCAGAUUUAAAUAAUAGUAAUAAUAAUAAUGAACAAUUAAAUAAUUUUUUAACAGAUAAUGAAAAUAGAUUUAAAUUAUUUAAAGAGAAUAAUAGAAUUCAAACAAUGAUUGAAUUAUGUAAAAGUCAAAUUACAGAAAAUGAAAUUGAAGAGUUAUUAUUAAAGUUUAUAUCAAUUUCAUUGAUUAAAGAAAAUCCUUCUUAUCAUUCAUUGAUUAGAUAUUCUUUAAAGAGAUUUUUCAUUUAUUAUUUAGGUAUUGAAAAGAAUGUUUUCCUUUCAACAGAGAUGCAUACAAUUGGUGCUUUACAAGAUGAUAAUCAAACUAAUGGUACUCAAUUGGAUUUAUUACCAGAUGGUAGUUUAGCAAAUAAUGCAAAUAACAAUAGUUCAAAUAAAGAUAGAGCAAUUAAAACUGCAAAGAUUGCAGGUGCCGCUGUAACUGGUGCUGUUUUGGUUGGUAUGACUGGUGGUUUAGCUGCACCUUUUAUUGGUAUGAUGUUAAAUUUCGUUGGUGCUGGUAGUAUUGUUGCUGGUAUAACGGGUGCAACUGGUUUAAGUAGUGCUACAAUGUUAUCAGUUAUUUUUGGUGCUGCUGGUGCUAAAGUCUCUGCCGGUGCUAUGAUUUCUGCAACUAGUGGUAUUAAAGAUUAUCAAAUUCAUAAGAUUAAAAGUCAAACUUCAUUACAUGCAAUCAUUGGUGUCUAUGGUAUUUGUAAUGAUAUGGGUGGUGUUUCAGAUUAUUAUCAAACCAAAUCUGUAUGGGAUAGAGUCAUUAGAUCGGUAACCGAUGAUUAUGGUGAUAUUUUCAUUGUUGAAUGGGAAAAGGAAGUAAUGUUAAAAUUAAAACAAUUGGUAUCAGAAUAUCAAGGGACCAUCGUUCAAGGAGUUAUUAGAUCCGCUGCAACCAAUAUUAUCUCUCAAUCUUUAGCAUCUGCAUUGGUACCAUUAUCAGUUUUAAAAGCUGCAUCAGUUUUAGAUAAUCCAUGGUCAUUAUUAAAAGAUCGUUCAGAAAAGGCAGGAAAAGUAUUGGCUCAACAAAUUAUUGAUGGUUAUUUUGGAAAUAGACCAUUGACUUUGGUUUCAACAUCAAUGGGAUCAAGAAUGGUUUUCUAUGCUUUGGAGGAACUUUAUAAUCAGUCUUUAACUAAUCCAAAAAUCUAUUCACUCAUUGAAUCGGUUGUUUUCAUUGGUUCACCAAUAACAUCGGAUCAAAAACGUUGGAGUAAAAUUUUAAGAUUAAUAAGUGGCCGUAUGGUUAAUUGUUAUACACCCAAUGAUUUACUCUUAAAAUAUGUUUGUCGUUCAAUCAAUUGUUUAUCCGAUGGUAUUUUACCUGCUGCUGGUGUUGCACCAAUUCAUAUACCUGGCUCAAGUUUAGUAAUUGAAAAUGUUGAUCUUUCAAAUCUUGUUAAAAGUCAUUUAGAUUAUGAAAAAGAAGAAAUACUUUGUAAAAUUUUACAACAUAUUGAUAUUAAUAAUAUUAAAUAUUGUUUACCAAAAAUUUCACCAUUAUAUAGUGGUAAGGUUUAUGAUAUUUAA